AUGGGGACAAAUAAUUCUAAGCAAAGGCUAAAAGAUAGACGUGAUUUAUCAUAGUAGUCUGUCAGCACCGAAUUAGAUAACAGCUCAAGUAGUUAUUACUCGAAUUAUGAAGAGUUAAGAAUAGUAAAAGAGUCAAAUUGUCUGUCCUGUUAAUUUAAAAAAGGUAAAAAGCCAAAUUGGCUUAGGUUUUUUCAUUCAAAGUGUGAUAAAAUGAUUUUGAGCAACAUACCUUGGGCAUACGAAGGCAAACUUAUAUCUGAAAUGAAAGGAAAAAGGGAUUAUAGAGGGGAAUACGAUGAUGUUUUUAAUGCAAAUUUGAAAAAGAUAAAAUAGAUAAUGAGCGAAAGACCAAUAGUUGUUUAAGAAGAGCCUGAGGUUAAUAUGAAUAAUUUGUUAGGCGAUUUAGAUACUACAUAGAAUCCAAACUAGAACUAAAAUAAUUUUGCAUUUUAGAACCAAAAAAAUGCUCACUUACACCAUAAUCAAGGAGAAAACAAUUAAAUAAGAGGGUCCGAAUCAUCUCAUAAGCGCUCUGAAAAGCAUUUUGGUAGUUCAAAUUUAACCAACGAGAAUGAAUUUCAAAGCGUUAAAUCAGAUCUUUUAAGCAAUCCAACUCCUGUAAAUAACUUUCCAGAUGGUCAAAAAAGAUCUCACAGACACGAUGACUAGUCUAACUAUUAAAGUUGCAAUAGCAAUACAAACAAUAUUAAUUAAAAUAAAUUACAAAAAGAGGAUCCUACUAAUAUAUCUGGAUACAUUCCAACAAAUUAUAAUCAUAAUGUUCAUAAUAAUUCUUUUCCAUCAUACAUGCUCGAAAAUUAGUUCCAAGGACUCAGAGCAGGUCAUGGAUCGAUGAUUAAAGAUAUAGAUCCUGACACUCAGAAAAAGAAUCUUUAAUUUUACUUUGAAUGCACCACACGCAUAAGCUAGCAUCUUGAUGAUCACAAUUUUACUCUUUUCUAAAUAAGAUAACUUUUUAUUACCUCUUUUUACGCAAGAUACUCUCUAUAAAUUAAAUAAUAUCGCGAGCAGCUUGAGGUUCAAAAGAAGAAAUAGGAAGAAACUCUUAACACAAACUAGAACCCCACAGAGAGUUAAGAAAUCCCUAAAGAUUAAUUCUAGUAGCAAAUAGAACAAAAUUAAGCUCCUUAAGUAGUUCCCUUAGAUCAACUAUAACAUGGAUAAGAAAGUAACUACCUCUACAAUAAUAUCAGCUCCUAUAGAUUCAGCAGCGAAGAAAAAUACAGUCCAAUGAUUGAUGCUUUCAAAAUUUACAAAAAUGCAAUAAGGGAAUUCCAAUAUUUUGUUAAAAUUUAUAUGGAAGUUAUUAAAUAAUAUUAUGAUAUUCAUUAUAAAAAAAAUGUUUUUAUGAACGAAGAUCUUAAAUAGCUUUUUUCCUACCACAAUUUCUAAAAUUUUGUUAUUUCCAAAGUCUUCUAAAAUGAAAAAAUUCCAAAAAUAUUGAUAGAGCUGAUUAAGUUGGUAAUCCCUGACGACAGGGAGUUGAUAAGCUCAAUUGAUCGUUCAAGAUUAACUCCUUAGAUGUUUGGUAUUCCUGCACAUUUGUCUCUUGAUGAAGAAACAAGAAGAUUGUUUGGUAGCUAAGGGUUUAUCUCUUCUGAUGGAUUUGGAUCAAUCAAAGAAGAAUUAGAAGAAUAAAAUGAUAAAAGCUACUCAACAUGUAAUAAGCCUUAGCCAAAGUUAUAGGCACAAAAAAUAUCAGAUUAGAAUGCUAUUAACAGCGAUAAGUAUUCCAAAUCUAGCAGCUUCACAGACACUAUCGAUAGCAACUUCUAAAGCAAAUAAAGCUCACAUUAAUAGGUUUUCGUUAGUCCUCUAAUUUAACCUUCUUAGCCUUAAGCUAAAGAAAAGGGUAAAAAAUAAGAAGAUGAUGAAGAUGAAUUUGAUAUAGAAAACAAUGAUGAAGAGUAAGAUAUAAUCUUUGAACUUAAAGUAAACAACAAGAGUAAAAUGCAAGUUAUGCAAUAUUAUUAAUAAAAUGAUCCUCUUAGAGGUAAUUCUACCAUAUUUAAUUCUGAUUAAGUAUAGGGAGUAUAGAACUAAGGUGGUGAAGCUGAAUAAUAAUAAUAAUAACAAUAAAAAGUUAAUCCCUAUUAAAAGUGCAUAGAUUACAUUCAUCAAAUGAAAAAUAGUACUACCCCAACUGGUAAAUUUAAAUCAAUAAUUCUGGCAUGCGAAAGUAUCCAAAAGUGCAUUACCGAAUACUACAAGCAGAAUGGAAGAACUUUCAACACUUCACUAGAUGAACAAAGUAUCAUUUCCAUUCUCACAUAUGCCAUUGCUUAGACAGGCUUUUCUAAUUUAGAUGCUCAUUGUAAAUUUGUCCAAUCUUUCUAUAAAAAUCCUUCCAAAAAAAUAAAGCUUAAAUACUAUCUUAUAGCCUUUGAAGUUAGUGUAAGAAAUGUUUAAGAGCUAUAUUAUACCUUGUAUCAACAAGAGAAAUCAACUGAUUCAACCAAUGUCAGCGACAGAUCACCAUAAGUGAUUAUUAAGAAAAACAUCGACAAGAAGCUCAUUGAAACAUUUGGCUCUGGACCUAAUUCUAACAUGUUGAAAAACAUUACUGGUAAAAACUCUUUCCUUAAAUAAACAUUGCAGGGAGUCAGAUAAUAAUGA